AUGUCAGAAGAUUCAAGGAAAGUGCGCGUCCUACAGCUCCCGUGCUCAAAAAGCCUGGACAGGAGGGUGCUGUUCUUUGGAAUUCCAAUAUGUUUUUUAAUCAUCAAGUGGUUAACGGGUGAAGCUCCCAUCACCAUCAUCACCGUCAAUGCUCCAGCUGUCCUUGUUGGAGGUCAAGCGACUCUGCAGUGCUGGCUGGAUGACAGUGUCCACUCCAACACGAGCGUGCUUUGGUACAAAAAGGAAGAGGGGAAGAAUAUUACGCUGUGUUCUUCCUCCAGCCUGGGAGGGGUGGUAGAGCAGCACCACAAUGACGAAUGGAACAGGACAGAGGGACACUGGGAAGGAAGAACCCUUGUCUUGAUAAUCCGGCAAGUGCAAGUAGCAGAUGAGGGCACGUAUGUUUGUGUUGUGAGAGGAGAUAACGGCUCACAGGAAGCUGCUGCGCACCUUGAUAUCACACAGGUGGGGAAUAAACCAUUUUUUCAAAAGAAGGAGCUAGAGGAGAACAUGUGUCGGUACACAUGCAAGUCAAAAGGAUGGUACCCAAGGCCGAAAGUCCUUUGGAGGAAUUACGGAGGAAAGACACUAGAUGUGGAGGCCAACACCAACAUCACCUGGAAUGAGGAAGACCUCUUCGCAAUACAGAGCAACAUCACUGUGCCUUGUAAUGACGUGGAUGUGAUGUGUGUUGUCAUACUUCCCAAAACAAAGAUAAACCAAACUGGAGAAGACCUGUCUUCACUGGCCAAGACAUACAUUCUGCAGGAGGAGAACAAUAUUUUUGCCAUAGAAAGCUCCAUCCAGAAACCCUGUGAGCAGAUGCCAGCUGCCUUGAUGUCCACUGAUACAAAAUUUGGUCUACACCUUCUUGCUCAGAAGUCAGAAUUAAGUGAAUGGUUCUGGUUUGUUUACAUCUUUUGUCACCUUAUCUUAAUAGUUGCAGAGAAGCAGCAGGAGAAUGUGGAACUGCAGAAAGAGAAUGAAUACCGUGACCAUGUGAUUGAAGAGCUGCGGGCCCGAGGGGAGGCCAGGAAGGAUGUCGAGAAGGAGAAGCUGCGGGAGGAGAUUGAACAACUCCAAGCAGACAAAGCUCUCCUUGAACGUGAGAUGGAAUUCAGAAAGGCUCGUGGCUAUGCAGAUGACAUCAAGUUGGAUGUGGACACAGCCCACCCAAACUUGUCCUUUUCUGAGGACAGGAAGAGCUUCAAGCAUGAUCCACAUUCUCAGAAAGUGCCUCACACUGAAAGGAGGUUUGAUUCAGCUGUCUGUGUGUUGGGCUCGGAAGGUUUCUCCUCCGGGAACCACUACUGGGAGGUGGAAGUUGAAAAGAGCAACGACUGGGACCUUGGCGUGGCCAGAAGAUCUGUCCAGAAGAAGGGAGUCAUUUACUUGUCAGUAAAAGAAGGAUUCUGGGUUAUGGGGUCAAGUUUGAGGGAUUAUUGGGCCAGAACUGACCCUUGGACACGAGUCACGGUGCAGAGAAAGCCCAGGAAAAUUGGAGUCUACCUGAGUUGUGAAGAGAAGCUUUUGACCUUUUUCAACGUGACCGACAUGUCGGUGAUGUUUACGUUUAAGGACUGUGCGUUCUCCGAGGAAGUGUAUCCGUUCUUUAAAAACUCCCAGAAAGAGUCAACCAUGAGAAUCUGCUCCGUUGAAGAGAAAUGA